CUCCGUAAUAUCUAUAAAUGGUACGUUAAGUAUAUUUGAAUAUUUGCUGACGUCUUUGCUGAUGUCAUAGGUUGAUUAGCCAAUCAGAUCACUGCCUUCCACCCCUUUCUCGCCUUGCGAUUGACUUCGUCUGGCCCCCAACUACCGGUACCAGGUACAGUGUAGCCAAGAGCACGAAAGGACUGACCCCGCCUGUCCCACGAACCAAACGAGACUAAGGCGCAGGUUAGAGAUGGAAGUCACACGCGGUGGCAAUCCAUGACUGCAAUCGUCGACGAAUCUUCGUUGGAUCGCGAAAAGAUCGGUUCCAUCGCUCUUUCCACUUCUCACCUCCCUCCAAACAAUUUAUUUGGAAGAAAGCUCCUGGUACCAUUGACACUGACUCCACUUCCUUUAUUGUCGUCGUCGUCGUUACCAUGCUCCGUCGUGUGAUAUUUUCCUCUCCCUCCCUUAGCAGAGCAGCUCCUGCUGUAAGGAAGCAUGUCUCCUACACGUCAACUCGAGCCUUGGCUGUGAUCAGCCAACAACCUCAAGAAAACGCUGCCCAGAACCGUCAGCAGAUUGGAUUUUUGGUUGCAGCAGCCGCUGGAUUGACAGGUCUAGCCUGGAAUAGUGACAAGCACAAGACAAAAUGCUGUGGAAUUGCUGGUGUGGUAGGAACUCCCAAUCAUGAUGCCAGAGAGUUCUUGCUGGAAGGAUUGACUGUGUUGAAGAACCGUGGAUAUGACAGUGCAGGACUUGCCACAAUGCCGUCUGAAGGAGGCAAAAUGGUCAUCACCAAAUAUGCCAGCGAUGGAGAUAAGGCUGAUAGUAUUGCUUUGGUUUCCAAACAUUCCCGAGAAAGUCAGGGGCAUCACGUGGGAAUUGCCCAUACUCGUUGGGCAACACACGGAGGAAAAACCGACGCCAACGCCCAUCCACACAUAGACUCCUCUGGAAAAAUUGCUCUCGUGCAUAAUGGAACACUCAACAAUGCCAAUGAUUUGAGGCGCAUGCUGGCAAAAAAGGGCCAUUCCUUUACUUCCCAGACGGAUACCGAGGUCAUUGCCAAGUUGAUUGGUGAUAUCUACCACGCUGAGGGAAUCCAUCUCAAGGAAGCAACAGAAAAGGCUUUGACCAUGUGUGAUGGUUCUUGGGGACUCUGUAUCAUGUGUACUGACGAACCUGAUGAACUUGUCGUGGCUUGCAAUGGUUCACCCUUGGUCAUUGGUAUUUCCGACGAGCGAACCUUCAUUGCUUCGGAAACAUCUGCCUUUAAUCGAUUCACCAAGAACUUUAUCUCAAUGAAGGAUGGAGAGAUUGGUGUUCUUCAUGCUGAUGGCAGGACUUUGGAUUUGAGUCGCAAACAACGGGCUCCUGAUCAACAAGUCAUCCUCGACCCUGCACCGUUUCCUCAUUGGACCAUUCGAGAAUGCGUGGAACAACCGGAAGCUAUCGCCCGUGCCCUCGCCUAUGGGGGUCGGCUAGGGUCCGAAAAGGUCUACUUGGGUGGUCUGGACACCAAUUUGGAACGCAUGAAAAAAAUCAAGCACAUGACGCUCAGUGCUUGCGGUACAAGUCUCAAUGCAGCCCGGUAUGGCGAACGUCUCAUGAAGCAUCUCGGCAGUUUUGACAGCGUGUUUUCCAUUGAUGCUGCCGAAACUGAAGCCAAAGAUUUUCCUUGUCGAUCAAACCCGGAAGAAACUGGUUUGAUUGUUGUCUCGCAGAGCGGUGAAACCAAAGAUGUUGUCCGUGUCGUCAACAACGGAAUGGAUAAAGGGAUCACCACUCUGAGUGUCGUUAAUGCUGUCGGUAGUUUGAUUGCUCGCAGCACUAAGCUGGGUGUGUACUGCAAUGCUGGACGAGAAAACGCCGUGGCAAGUACCAAAGCUUUUACCACGCAGGUGACUGUUUUGUCUUUGAUUGCUUUGUGGUUUAGACAAACCAAGGACUUGUUGGAGGGAAGCAAGCCUUCUGUGGAGGCCAACCGCUUGAAGGAAGCUCUCAUGAGAUUGCCCAUUUCCUUUGGAAUGGCCCUGAAGACAAGGCCUCAGUGCCAAGAAAUUGCGAAGCGUUUGCUGAAAAAAGAGCACUGCUUCGUGUUGGGCAAAGGAUACGCUGAACCCGUUGCCCAUGAAGGAGCACUCAAGAUCAAAGAAACGUGCUAUUUGCAUGCCGAGGGAUACAGCGGGGGUGCUCUAAAGCAUGGGCCAUUCGCCCUGAUUGAAGACGAGACUGGGAAAUUCGGUGCAACUCCCAUCAUUAUGAUUAUCCUAGACGACAACCAUGCCCAUCACAUGAGAACAGCGGCGGAAGAAGUUAAGGCAAGAGGCGCAGAUAUCAUCAUUAUCACCGACAAGGCAGCACUUGCCCGAGACCUUGACCCCAAUCCUAUUGUCAUCCCUUCUAAUGGGCCCAUGACGGCGCUGGGUGCUGUUCUUCCACUACAACUGAUUGCCUACGAGCUAGCCAUUAUGCGUGGCAUCAACCCCGACACUCCUCGGAACCUUGCCAAGGCCGUCACGGUCGACUAGGAGUAUGCAUAGGCCUUUGUUCUUUUUAGACUCAGUUAUCGUUUUUGAGCGCCUUUUCACACUGUAUUGGGGAUUUCUGUGUCCAUAUGGUGGGCAGCGACAGAACUUCGGUUCAUUGAAAUGUCGUUUUACUUUUUCUACUAGGUCUAUCGUCCACACAUUAUACCAAGUUAGUGCUGUUUUGAACAGCCUCGUUAGCUCAAUCUCGGGAGGGCUGCCAUUUUUCUCUCAAGGCCAACGUCUUCUGUUAGUGCUAAAUUCCGUUUUACCGCAUCCUUUGUUUGACACUUCUAAAAGGAAACUAAAAAUACUUUUACGAUACAUACCGUAGCUCGAGACAUUCACAUAAAUUGGAAGGACAGGUCGGGUCCAAAGGCCUUCUCACUCAUUUUGCUCUCGGAUUUCCCACAUGGCGUGAACACUGCUCACAACCGACACUCCCAACGAGAACAUGACAAAGAAGGUUCCACCAACAAUGUGCAAAAGAAUCAACACGGCUGCAGUGAUCUCCGGAAUGUCUUCUACCUAGGAUCAAGGCCAUGUACAUGGUCUGACUGCCUCCACUUGAUAUUUCCAUAACUCAUCGGAAAAGAGAUUCCACCACGUGCUCUUGAUCCUUGGCUGAUCGCGGGCAAGUUGGCUUAUUUUAGUUGUGGUGGAAACUCGGAGGGGCCGGGGGUGCUCUGUGCUACGGUAUGAUCAGGCAUUGCGGGUUCCUCUUGUGCGUGUUGGUGGAACUUGGUGCAGUAUGAGUAUUAGCUAGGUGGUGUCUUCCUAGCUAGCUCUAACUUCGAAGCCGAGACAGCAACUCGUGGUGCCGGCAGACAAGAAGAGGGUGAAGCUUUUCAACAGGGAUAAAGAGUAUCCACGUCUCAACAGUUCGCAUCUAAAACCUGAACCUUCUCCAAACAGUAGGAUCUUCGGUCUCUGUAAAGCCUCGUCUUUGCCUACUUUGUCCCCAAUUU